GUAGUCUCCGUACCAAUAUGAGUCAAAACACCGGUUCCUCUAACCUCGGUCGCUACUACGAGAGCCCGCCAACGGCGACGGAGGCUCGUGGCACAUUCGGUGGUUGCUUCAACGCCAACAGCUCCACCAACAUUUGGACGCCGAAUCGGAAAGUGGACUCUUCGAUGGGAUUUCGGAGCUCCUCACCGACACCACAGAGCGCUUGGGCUCCGAAUCGUCAAGGAUUUGGAGGACAAUUCUCCAAAUGGCGCACUUCUACACCGAUGACGACUCCGGCUCGUUAUCCUCAACAGGCCGUUAGACUUAUCGAUUUGGAGAACAACGCCUCGUUCUCGAAGUCUUUGAACUCGACCACCCGCAGCCACAAAUGCACACUUCCAAUCUGGGCUGGCGACGGCGAGGGAAAUGUCUCGGACUCGGUCACUCUUCAGGAUGUGCUCGCCAACGAUGCUCUCGUGGAAUUUGCCACCGAUAAGAAUGGAUGCCGAUUCCUUCAGGAGCAUUAUCCAACGGAGAACGACAACGACGUCCACCAAAAACUCUUCCGUAAACUGGUCGAGGAUCGUGCCAUCUUCUUGUCGCUCUGCUCUAACAUGUUUGGCAACUUCUUUGUGCAACGUGUCUUGGAGUGCUCGAACACUGAGGAGCAGGAGAUUCUUACGGAGCACUUGGCUACUGAUUUGUACAAUCUCUGCCUUGACAAGAGUGCGUGCCGCGUCAUUCAACUGGCUAUUCAGAAGCUUGAUGUUCAUCUUGCGACUCGUUUGUCGUUGGAGCUCCGUGACACGCACCUCGUCCGUCUCAGCAUCGAUCAAAACGGAAACCACGUGAUUCAGAAGAUUGUCAAGACGCUUCCAGUCUCUUCGUGGACUUUCCUCGUGGAUUUCUUCGCCGACGACGACAAUCUCAUCCACGUUUGCCAGGACAAAUAUGGGUGCCGUGUCAUUCAAUCGACCGUCGAAACUUUGUCGACUGAUCAAUAUGCUCAGUGCUACCAGCAUCGUGUCAUUCUUCUUCGCAGUUUGAUGGCUGGAGUCACUCGUAACUGCACCCAGCUGGCUUCCAACGAGUUUGCGAACUACGUGGUACAACACGUUAUCAAGUGUGGAGAUGCGUUGGCUGUCUACAGAGAUAUCAUCAUUGAGCAGUGCCUUCUGCAAAAUUUGCUCUCAAUGUCACAGGAGAAGUACGCUAGCCACGUGGUCGAAGUGGCGUUUGAAUGUGCUCCAUAUCGCCUCGUUGCCGAGAUGAUGAACGAGAUCUUCGAAGGAUAUAUUCCACAUCCGGAUACAAAUCGUGAUGCUCUCGACAUUCUGCUCUUCCAUCAAUAUGGAAACUACGUUGUUCAGCAGAUGAUCCAGACUUGUGUUCUCGGUCAGAAUGCUCGAGAUCAAAAGCAAUCGGAGAUGUACGGCAUGUGGCUCGAGAAGAUUCACGGACGAGUGAUGCGAAACGCCCACCGCCUCGAAAGAUUUUCGUCGGGCAAGAAGAUUAUCGAAGCGCUCCAAUCAAUGUCCUUGUACUAGAUACACAUAGGCAAUUUUUAUUCAUUUCCAUUUGAAUCCUAACCCCCACCAUCACCCAACUCACGUGUAUACUAUUAUUAUUUUUAUUAUUAUAUUGCUAGAAAAUUGUAGAAAGAGUAUUGCAACCUCUUCUAUAUUAUAUGAAGACCCCGGCCCCCGUUUUGCACAAUAAUUGAUAUAAAUUCUGUGAAUAAAGAAUUUACAAACUUCC